UUCCCUAUCACGCAUUCCAAGGAAGCUUUUUCCACGGUCCACCUGUUCUACCUUUCUGUCCUUUCUUUUCCCUUAUCUUCCAACGACAUGUCUUCGUCGCCCCCACCAUCAAGUUCGCCUGCGCCGCAGGCACCCGAACCUCACACAUGGCUAUCUGAUCAACACCACGCAACAGAUGAACGGCAGCUUGAUGUUUUCAGUAAUGCGAUUCAGAAAUACGAAAAGAAAUAUGCCAAAGUCCCCAAGUCGGCCUGGUCUGUGUACAGCGAGAGUCCUAACGAAAGAAAACGAGAAGCAACCGAGAUUCGGGAAGCUACGCUUCGCCAUGAGCGGGAAUGUGAGGCCCACGAGAAAGAGCAUGAAAGACUCAAAGAAAUUGCGAAACUGAAAAAGAUCACCAUCCGAGAAUCGUCCGAGGCGACUGCCGCUGCUGUCCAGAGCUUGAAAACUUUCCUUCAAGCAUACCCGUCAACUGCCUUAGAUUUCCAGUCUGCCGGAAUUGACAUUGGGUCACUGACACGUGAAGAGGCGGAAAAAUUCUUGCAAUUGUUAGAAGAGGGUCAGACAACGAUUGGUCGAUAUAAGACAGCAAACGCAGAGCUUAAGGCAAGAAACGCAAAGCUUGUGGAAAGAAACGCAGAGCUGGAAAAAGAACCCAUUCCCACACAGCAACUUUUUGCCGCAAGCGAGCCAUCGUUAGAAGUGCACAGAGUUCAACGUGAUGAGCUGGGUUAUUUGGCCAUGUUACCGUUUCCCGUCACUUCAGAAGAUUGGCCAGUCAAUGAGAUCGACAUGGUACUGCAGGUCCACAAGAGACUUCGUGAUGAGAACAUCACACCUCGGGCAGAAGAGUGGUUGCGCAUCAGUAUCACCAGAGCUACCAAUACGGACCGUUCAGCAAGGGAACAGGCAGCCUGGCUCUUUUUCAAAGGUCGUUUGCAAAUGGGUGCUUGGUCCCACGCCGAUCUCCAAGCGCUCGUAAUCAGAGCACGAACCGCAACUCUCGAAAGUCUGCAAGUGGUCAUCGCGUUCUUAUACGCUUUCAUGGAGUAUAAGAUCAAUGAACUUGUGGGCAAGGUUCAGAACUUGUCGUUCGAUGACUCUCUGGUUCUUCUCCGACUAUUAGAGUUUCUGAUGUUGCACCUCACUCCUCAAAGCUCAUCAUUGUCAAACGAAGUCAUCCCACUGUAUCGUGUCCUCAAGCCACUUGUGGAGACCAGUGCACGAGAUCGACGCAUCAUCUCCGCACUGGUUUUGUGCCUAGACGAUCUCUGCGAGUACCGAAUCUCCAGCUUGGCAUCGUGCAUCAUACAAGAAUGCGAUACCUCCGGUGAACAGGGACUUCUGCCAGAUGGAACAAACCUUGUAGUCUCUCAAGGGAACCAUGUCCGGUACCUUCGCCGGUGCCAUUUCACCCUGCACACCCAUUAUUGGGUGGGAUAUAAGCUCCGGCUUUCCCCCUUUCCCGAAGAAGGCGAAUUUACCUACACUCCUGUGUGGCCGUAUGCGCCAGAAACAGUCGCGAUGAUUCGCGAACAAUUCCCGGAUGCAUAUGCUCGCGCCAAAGAGACUUCAUAUAAUUACGGGCCAGGGAAUACAUCAGUGACCAGCCACAUCAAUCUCGACUUCCAGGUGUCGGUCUGAUACACAAUGAGGCAUUAGGGAGGAGAAGCGGUACGAAAGGGUGUGCACAUAGAUACACUGGUGGUGGAGAUUUUUAGCUUGUGGUAGACACCCAUACAUCCAUGCUGCCACUUGGCUUGGAAGAAAUGAAUAAUUUCUUGGCGCCAAGUUAAGUUAACCUCAACUUCAAUUUGAAGCUUUA